AUGAAGGCAGCAAUUCGAAAAAUCUUCCCGGAUGCAACUCACCGAUUAUGUGGUUGGCACAUUCAGAAGAAUGUAACGGCAAACAUAAAAAACAAAAAUUUUUCCAACGACUUCAGAAGAUGUUUGUAUGCUCCAUGGCAUCCAGAAGAAUUUGAAGAAUAUUGGGAGAAUAUGAUAAAAAAAUAUGCGUUGGAGGAAAAUGAAUGGGUUCUGAGUGAAUAUGAGAAGAGGAAAAGUUGGGCAAGCGCUUACUUGAGGGAUAAAUUUUGUGCUGGAUUUAGAACAACAUCAAGGUGUGAGGCGAUAAACAACUUCAUUAAGAGGUUUAUUGGCAUUCGCCAAAGUCUUCUAGAGUUGGUCCAAAAUCUUGAACAUGCUCUUAGGGACUAUAGAAACAAUGAAUUAGUAUCUCAAUUUAAGACGCUGUAUGGGGAGCCCGUUCUAACUACUGGGCUAGAAGCGUUGGAGCUUUCUGCUGCCAAUUUUUACACUAGGGAGAUUCUUGGAGAAGUAAAAAAAGAGAUUCAAGGAGUAGUCGCAUUAGAUGUAAUAAAUGAGGAAAACAUAUCAACCACUGUUGUGUUAAAAGUUAAGGAGUGUGACAGGAGACAACAUACUUAUAACGUACUUUACGAUCGCAAUACUGAGCAUAUGGAGUGUGAAUGUAGUCGGUGGAGUAGUGAAGGCAUUCCUUGCAGGCAUAUGUUUUGUGCAAUGAAAAGGGUAGGUUUACAGAAGUUGCCAGAUAGUCUUCUUUUGAGAAGAUGGUCGAAGGAUGCCAAGAAGUAUCUGGAUGAAAGUUUUGCUGGAGGCACUACGCAAGACAGAGAAAGAGAAUUUUUAAUGCGCUAUGGCGCAUUGUCAGUGGCAGCUACGUGGAUGGUAUUCUUAGGAGCUCAAGAUGGUCCUUCUUUCCAUGACACUAUGAAUGAAGUCUGUCGUUGGACCCAAACACUAGAACAAAAAUCUGACUUGAAAAGACAAACAAUAGAUUCUACCACGCCAAACUUUGUUGGUGACCCUUCAGUGGUCAAGACAAAAGGAGCACCCAAGGGGAAAAAGGAGAGGGGUAAACGGAGGUGCACUAAAUGCAACAGUGCUGGUCAUGUAAAGAAUAAAUGUCCUGUGAGGAAUGACGGUGACGAUUUGGGGGAUAAGACUGGUAAUGGCGCGCAAGCUAGCUUAGGUACCAAGGAGAAGCUUCCCAAGGACCCUAUGGCUUCUCAAGAGACAUUAGCAGUGCCAAAUACAGAAGUAAAUGUACCUGUGCAGCAAGAGUCUGGGUUAGGUGAUUCAGGAUUGAUUAAUGGCCAUGAGAAUCCCAUCCCACCGUAUGGAAGUCAUCAGUGGCUAUUACAGGUAACACUAGUAGUGAAAUCAAAUUCUGAACCACAAAUUAAACCUCUUAUGCUAGCUAAUAAAUUGCAACAUGAUUUUUUCCUUCAGUCAUCUGUGUGCUUGAAGCAGCUGGCUUUUGACCUCCUUGAGCUGCUCCUGUUGCAAGCAUUUCCAGAACUAGAUGAUGUAUUCAAGAAAGUGCAUGAAGAAAAGCAUAGAUUUGGGGAAUUCAUAUCACCAAAGUGA